AUGCGGGCCGUGUCCCGUACUACCGCGGCGUUAUCGGGAAAGCGCGGGAAAAGCGGCGGCGAGCGCGGCCGGCGUACGAGCUCAGUAGGUCCGCGCCCGCUGACGGAGAUGGACGUAUCCGCGCGCGCGCUCGCUCUGGCGCUCGCCGCGUUCGCGCUGACUCUCGUCCGCGCUCACACGCCGUCCCACGACAACAUACUAAGGGUGCAGCUGUGGGACGCUGAGGGCCUGAGCCGCGAGCCCGUCCAGCGCGCCCCCGCCUCGCUGGCUCAGCGCAGGCUGAGGGUCAACGUGAACUCCCUUUACGACGCGAUGCUCAAGGAGUCCGAGCACGGCGUCGGCAGGUUCGCCAGGCACAAGGUGCGCCACAAGCGGCGCAGGCCCCGCCAGAGCGGCACCGAACUGCCCUGGAGGUUCCACGCGGGCGGCGGCCUCGUGAACGUGGCGGUGUACGAGGACUCGGUGCCCUGGGAGGUGAUAGAGGCGCGCGGCUCGGGCGGCCACGGGGCGUCGGUGAACGCGAGUGCUGUGAGUGAGCCGAGUGCUAGUGGUGCGAAUGUCCCCCGCGAAGUUUCGCCGCCAAUGACCCUGCGCCAGGACGAGGAGGACGAAGAGGUGAAGAAACAGUUGCCUGUCGCGCCGAAAUGCUGCCCCAGCGGCCAGAACCUCACUGUGGCAGUAGACAAUGGUGUGGCGAGGACGGUGUGCACGCGUUCCAGUCUAACGUUCCAGCCAAUUUUCCACAAAGCGAACGACACGCAUAUAUGGAGUUACGACAGCAACGUUUUCGAAACUAUAGUUGGCAACCCUUGCUUGUAUGACAGAUACAAAUUGGAUCCGCAGAAAAUGAGCGAAGACGAGUUCUACUUGUUGGUGAAUGGCUCGCUCUUUGUCCCGUUCAGUGAGCCCCAUUUACUGGGGACAAGAGAUUACUGCAUGGAAACUUUCUGGAACGAGACAAAUCCUGCGGGAGUGACUCUUCCAUUAGUUUGUUUUCGAACACCAUUAACGGAGACGAAGACUUCGGCUACGCUGAUAAUUUAUGCGACAGGUUUAAUAAUUUCGGUUCCAUUCCUCUUAGCGACUGCAUUCAUUUAUCUGUUUAUAACGGAGCUAAGAGAUACCCAUGGGAAAGCACUGGCCUGCCACGCUAUAUGUUUGGCAAUAGCCUUUUCCUGCUUGGCCGCCACACAACUGGCUGGCCAUGCCUUCCCAACGACCGUGUGCACCAUCAUGGCGUAUUCCAUCCAGCUGUCGUUCGUCUCCUGUUUCUUCUGGCUUAAUGUCAUGUGUUUCGAUACAUUCUUGAAUGUCAGGCGAUACAUCAAUGCGUCGGUUAGUAGGAGGAGUAUGAGACGAAGGUUCGCAUGGUACUGCGCCUAUGCUAUACUCUUACCAGUGCUGUUGUUGAUAGUUACUAUUACGAUGGAUUUAUCCCCCGCCGUACCGAGCACUUAUCUGAAACCCAACUUUGGCGUAAAGGGUUGCUGGUUUAAAACGGACCAAGGCGCCCUGCCCUACUUUUAUGGGCCCGUUGCGGUCAUUCUUCUGAGUAACCUUGUGAUAUUCUUCUUCACAUCGCGCGCCUUCGCAGUGCACUACGAUAAGCUGAAGGACGUCACGCCGCUAGAUUUGGCGCACUCGGACUAUAGCACGUCGGAUGACUGGGUGCGGCUGGGCACGGUGCUCGGCCAACCUGUGCCACCACACGAAAGAGCCGCGUCCCCACCACGCGAGGUGGUUGCCAAUUUCAGCCAAAGACUCAAGAAGUAUAAGAAGAUAUUCCGGACGUGUUGCAUUCUGUCGGUGAUCAUGGGGUUGUCCUGGGUACUGGAGGUGGUGUCAUGGGCGGCGGGUGCGGGCUCCGCAACGGUCUCCGUUUGGUCACUCUUCGACCUGAUCAACGCCCUUCAAGGAGUCGUAAUCUUUUCCAUAUACGUUCUGCAACAGCCCGUCCGUUCUCAUAUAAAGUUAUCGAAGCUUUGCAAAGGGUGCAGGAGAAAAAAGAACGGCUCGGAAGUGUCAGUGGUGAGCGAACGGAACAGCGUAGACUGUGGCUCAGGACGUAGAGACUAUGUA